AUGGAGCAGCCUUAUGUGUACGCUUACCCACCAGGCACAGGCACGGCUCCUCCGCCUCCACAAGGCGGUGGAAUCGCCGGAGUGAUAGUGGAUCCAAGGUUCUGCGCUCCCUACCCCGUGGAUCUAGCGAUCGUGCGGAAGAUGAUGAAGUUUACUGACGGUAACUUCGUUAUCACGGACGUUAACGGAAACUUGUUGUUCAAGGUGAAGGAGCCGGUGUUUGGUCUUCACGACAAGAGGAUUUUGCUGGAUGGUUCUGGAGCUCCGGUCUUGACUUUGAGAGAGAAGAUGGUGAGUUUGCAUGACAGGUGGCAAGUAUUUAGAGGUGGGAGUACGGAGCAGCGUGAUCUGCUGUACACGGUGAAGAGAUCGUCGAUGCUUCAGUUUAAGACCAAACUUGAUGUGUUUUUGAGUCACAAUAAGGAAGAGAAGAGAUGCGAUUUUAGGGUCAAAGGGAGCUGGUUCGAGCGUUCUUGUGUCGUCUACGCCGGCGAAUCUGACGCCAUCGUUGCCCAAAUGCACAAGAAGCACACGGUGCAGAGCGUGUUCUUGGGAAAGGACAAUUUCUCAGUGACGGUUUAUCCAAACGUGGAUUAUGCCUUCAUUGCCUCUCUCGUCGUCAUUCUUGAUGAUGUUAACCGAGAAGACCGUGCUGCCGCUGGAAGCAGCUGAUCAGAUCAGACGUGGGUGUGUGUGUGAGAGAGAGAGAGAGCUCGGUCACGUAUUAGAUAUGUUUUUGGCUUUAAACUAUGCACUUUUGAAUGUGGCCUUGUUCUGAAAAAGAACUUUGUGUGAUUUCCCCGUUGUAAAAUUAUACAAAUAUAUGUAUCGUUUGUAUUAUUAAUAAGAC